AUGCCUUCAUUCCCCUUUAGACGUCAUGGGGGAGCCGAACGAUUUGGCCUCACCGGGCCUCUUGACCACUCAGGCAUCCAGCCUGGCCGAACCAUGGCUUCUGUGCUUGGUCGCCACCGCUAUCCAUACGUACAUGCUCCCGGUCCUGGUUUUAGGAGUGCAGAGCACCUCCUCAGGCAACCGCACCCGCAUGCAGGAGCACAUGGUCAUCAACAAAAUGUACCAAUGCAAACACGCCACUGUCUUUUCAACGAGCCACCUAGCCGGCAGCAAUUGGACCCCCGCACCCAAGCACACAUGGCGGCACAUCAGCUCGCGCGUUCACCAGAAUCUUCACUCCGCAGAGUUGUUCCCGGCGGCCACAGAAGCCACCAGCCCCCCGCUUUCAUGCCAAUGUUUACACCAAAGCGUGCCAGGGCCCCUCCACUGGAGCUAGAUAGUAUACCACCCAGGGUACCAAUAGCUGUACGUCAUCGGCGUGAUGGGAGACACCACCGUGACCCCUGGUUCCGCCCUCUCAGGCGAAGACGACUUCAUGAUGCAUCUGAUACCCACACCGAAGCAGGCAGGGCAUCAACGCUCCAUGAAUCAGACUGGUCAUCCGACGACGAGUCUCUCUUGGGUGUCCCAUCUUUCCUAAGGGAAGCGCAUGAUAGGAGACACCGAAGGAGAAAAGGCCGACGACGUGACCGUUCGAAGGAUCGUGAUUUUCCAGGCUCGUCUGAUGAAUCGUUAUCUCUAUUUUACUUGGAAGGUGAGUUUGACGAGCCGUAUCUGUCGGAUAGACGCUGGGAUGGCACGCACUCGUUUGUUCGACGUCGCCCAGAAGAUAUGUACUGGUGGCACAGUAGACGACUCUAG